UAACAUCCAUGGAUUCAACAAAGCUUCUUGUCUCCCUUCUCUUUCUUCAAGCUCUCUUCACCACUUCUACAUCAAUCUCAGCAGCCCCAGCGACAGCAAAACUUUUCAGGGAAUACAUAGGAGCCGAGUCCAAGCAUGUUUUGUUUUCAGAUGUGCCCAUUAGUCCCCAAGUAGAAUUCCAUUUCAUUCUCUCCUUUGCCAUAGACUACACGCCAUCUUCCUCUCCCUCACCCACCAAUGGUGACUUCAAUAUCUUCUGGGACUCACAAAACCUCACCCCUUCCCAAGUUUCCUCCAUCAAAGCCCGCCAUGGUAAUGUCAAGGUAGCCAUGAGUCUUGGGGGCGACACCGUUGCUGGCCGCUUUGCUUCCUUCAAGCCUGCAUCAAUCAAUUCUUGGGUUAGAAAUGCCAUCAAUUCAAUCACUCAGAUAGUUAAAGACUACAAUUUGGAUGGAAUCGAUGUCGAUUAUGAACAUUUUGAUACGGAUACUGAUACAUUUGCCGAGUGCAUUGGGCGACUUUUCUUCUACCUUAAACAAAAUGGGAUUGUGUCUUUCACAUCUAUUGCCCCAUAUGACAACGAAUCAGUUCAGCCGUAUUACUUGGCUUUGUGGAAAAAGUAUGGGCAUCUCAUAGACUAUGUCAACUUUCAGUUCUAUGCCUAUGAUAAGGGGACAACAAUCUCUCAGUUCCUGCAGCAUUUUGAGACUCAAAGGUCCAACUACAAUGGAGGUAAGGUGCUGGUGAGCUUUGGUACCGAUGGGAGUGGUGGUUUGUCUCCUCAAAAUGGGUUUUUUAAGGCCUGUGGUACCCUUAAAAAUCAGGGCAAACUUCAUGGCAUCUUCAUCUGGUCUGCAGAUGAUUCCAAGAAGGAGAAUUUUCGAUUUGAGAAGCAAUCACAAGAUUUUCUAGCUGCAGCAAAUUGAUCUCUCCUUUGUAGCUAGCAUUUGGUUUCAACUGUUUUUGUAUGAGGGUACUUUUAGCCACAACAUAUAUUAAUAAGAAUGCCUGUGGUUGUCUGCA